CUUCCUCACAGAGCAGGACAUGUACGCCGUGAAGACCAUUAAGAUCCCAGUGAAGAUGCAUGGGAUGUUUACAGAACGUGGCGAGGACCCCGGCGCACAGACUUCUGCAAACGCUCACGACGUUGUCGCCGAGCCACCUGCGGAUGGCGAUGUUGGCUCUGCGGACAACAGGGACAUAAGUCAGUACUUCCGGGAGAUCGACCAGAACAUCGAGGAGGCCACACAGAACCAGGAACUGCUCGGGGAACCUUUUGGCUCCGACAGUCUCCAAGUGACACCUAUACCAAGGCAGAAAGACUCGUAUCUC